AUGGAGGAACCUGUAUCGACACCUAGAUUGCCAGCACAAGCCCUCAAGCCAACUACAACAGGCUCAAAGGACCAACUCUUAUCCUCUUCUCCUGGCUUCGGAACUCCUGCAUAUCCAGUCAAGAGUCGACCGCCGACACUUAGACAACCUUUCGCGGCACAGUUGAACACAGCUAGCACGCAUAAUGUCCCCACGGUGCUUCCCAUACUAUUACCACCGCAGACGCUGCGAUCGGUCGCCUUCAGAACCCUCACGAAGAAACAUAACCUGACACUCACAUCCUCUGGGUUGGGCCUUUUGUCGACGUUUAUUGGCAAGUUCUGCGGCAGUGGAUGGCGGGAAGAGGGUCUAGCUGAGCGUGUCCUUGACGAGAUUGCGAAAACAUGGAAGAGGAAUGGCGGAGGUUUGAUCAUCGAAGAUGGUCCAGACAAGAAGCUGUCUAACAUUCUCAAAACCUUGGAACCAUGCAUGUCCGGCGGCCGACUCGACACAGGGAAGCUAUCACGGACGAACAGUUCUGGAGCGACGCCGACCCUGCCUCGGUCCGGUUCACUUGUAGACCGGCCUGAUGUGAGCAGAGAGGACAGUCAAGCCAGUCUUGGUAUUUCAGGACUGAACGUGGAAGAAUCGGAUCCGCAACCAGAAGAAGGCCAACGACUUGAUGUACGAACAUACCUCAAAGUCAUAUCUGCAUUUGAGCAGCCGAGGCUCGUCUACUCAACCACCAAGAAAACGUUAGAGACUGCUCCAGGCACACCUUCUCUGCUCCCACCGAUACAGCACAAAACAGCUAUGUUCCGAAACCGAUACCACUUGGUCCACCAGCGCCUCAUGCGCAACGAGUCGUUCCAGGCCCCGUCAUUUACCACGUCGACCAGACCGCCCAGUCUCCUUCACUCUGGAAGCAGCGCUGCCACGCUUCAGCAAGCAUACAAAAUUACCCCUAUCUCAAACCUUUUGGGUCGUUCUGGCUCAUCCCAUCUCCUCCUCGGCAUGCUGGUGUACUCUGCAGCUGGUGAUGUUGCAUUGACAGAUCUUUCCGGCAGUGUCACCCUGGAUUUGUCCAUGGCCCGCCCUGUUCCAGCAGAUGGUGCUUGGUUCUGUCCGGGAAUGAUCGUCCUCGUCGAAGGAACCUAUGAAGAGGAUGGCUCUCAUGGCUCGAAUCUCGGCACGGCCGCCGGCGUAGGCGGUCAAAUUAAAGGACGUUUUGUUACUGAGACCAUGGCGGGACCACCUGCUGAAAGACGCAGCCUUACCAUCGGCUCUUCGAACAGUUCGGAACCUGACAAAAUCAACAUACAUACCAGCGUCGGGGCUAGCUUCGGCUGGAUCGACUUCUUGGGGGUCGGCAGCGAGAAAGGGAUAGGGGCUCAGAUGCGACGACUACAAAGACGACUGUACAACCCAUCUGGUCCUUCCACCUCACAUAUAGCGGAAUCAUCAGGCGACAAUGCAAAUCGAGACGAAGACACAGAACAACAUCUACCACGUACGAAGAUAGCUAUCUUGGCGGAGUGCACGCUGGACAGUCCCCGUGUUCUUGAGGCCAUUCGCGCAAUUCUUUCGACGUACAACUCAUCAGCCACUGAUACGAACGACCUCCCUCUGAGCGUGGUCCUGAUGGGAAAUUUUGUCUCUACUGCAAGUAUGGCGGGCGGAACCAAGGGUGGAAGUGUGGAAUAUAAAGAGGCUUUCGACGCACUAGCUUCAGUCAUGGCGGAGUUUCCCUUUCUCUUGGGAAACACAACGUUCGUAUUUGUACCCGGCGAUAACGAUCCGUGGGCAAGUUCUUUCUCUGGCGGUGGUGCAUGUGCGCUACCCCGUCUGGGGGUACCAGAAGUCUUCACCAGUCGGAUCCGCAGAGUGAUCGCCGGUGCGAAUUCUGAACGAAAGGACAAAAGCAAUAUGGCGGGUGACGCAGUCUGGUCUAGUAACCCUGCUAGGUUGAGUUUGUUUGGCCCAUUGGACGAAAUUGUUCUCUUUAGAGAUGAUAUUACUGGUCGAUUAAGAAGGAAUGCUGUCACAUUGGCAAACCCCCAUGGUGAAGAAGACGGGGAUGACGAUGCUGUUCCGGUAGGAGAGCGUGCUCAAGGUUAUGAGGACGACGUCGCUACAGGCAUGAGCAAUACCCUCGACAAGCGUGUACACGAAGCGACCUCUCACAUUCCCGGUCCUGUGGAGAAGAGGUCCCAUGCAAACACUGCACACUCGACGCAUGCUGCGCGUAAACUGAUCAAGACCGUGCUUGAUCAGUCUCAUCUCGCGCCAUUCGCACACUCAAUUCGCCCUGUUUUCUGGGAUCAUGCCGGUGCUUUGUCAUUGUAUCCACUUCCAACAGCACUGGUGCUUGCAGACGCCGAAAUGCCUGGUUUCGCAAUAACCUACGAAGGUUGCCAUGUCAUGAAUCCAGGACGCAUUGUGGACGAAUUAGGCAUGAGUCGAGCAAGUUCUAGGGGGAGUGGAGUUGGGAGGUGGAUUGAAUUUGAUGUGCAGAAGCAGAAGGGAGAGAUGAGGGAGGUUAGAUUCUAA